CAAUUUUUGUCGUUCCCUUCUACCACUUCCGCCUCAAGACUCAAAAUGCCGAGGGCCCCUCGGAACCACAGCAAGACCUACAAGGUCCCUCGUCGACCAUACGAAUCUGCUCGUCUCGAUGCCGAGCUAAGGCUCGCCGGUGAAUACGGUCUCCGCAACAAGCGUGAGAUCUGGCGUAUCGCCCUCACCCUUUCCAAGAUUCGUCGUGCCGCCCGUGAGCUGCUGAAGCUCGAUGACAAGGAUCCCAAGCGCCUGUUCGAGGGUAACGCUCUUAUCCGUCGUCUGGUCCGUAUCGGUGUGCUCGAUGAGACUCGCAUGCGUCUCGAUUACGUGUUGGCCCUUAAGAUUGAGGAUUUCUUGGAGAGGCGUCUCCAGACUCAGGUUUUCAAGCUCGGUUUGGCUAAAAGCAUUCAUCAUGCACGGGUUUUAAUUAGGCAACGGCACAUUCGGGUUGGCAAACAGAUUGUCAACGUUCCCUCCUUCGUUGUGCGUCUGGACUCCCAGAAGCAUAUUGACUUUGCCCUUACCUCGCCGUACGGUGGAGGUCGUCCUGGCCGUGUUAAGCGGAAGCGUGCGGCUGCAGCUGCGAAGAAGGAGGAGGGCGGUGAUGAGGAGGAGGAUGAGUAGAUGUACGCGCUUUACUUCCAUGCUCGUUAUGUAUAUGUUGUCACCAUGUUACCCUCAUGCAACCAAAAAAAAACUUUCGAGGUACUCUGCGACAGUUGGCUUAGAGCGAUUG